AUGGUAGUGUCGCUCGCGGUGCUCAGCGAUGCGCUGCGCGCGCCUCUCAUCGCUGGCAACUGGAAGUGCAACCCGGCCUCCGUGGACGACGCCGUGGCGCUGGCGACGGCCCUGCACGCGGCGGCGCCCGAGCGCGAGGUCGUCGUCUUCCCGCCGUCGCCCUACCUGGAGCCCGUCGCGCACGCCGCGCAAGGCGCCGUGGCGCUCGGCGCGCAGGACGCGUGCGAGCUCUCGGACGCGGGCGCCUUCACGGGCGCGACGUCGUUCCCCAUGCUCGAGAGCCUCGGCGGCGUCACGUACGUGCUCGCGGGCCACAGCGAGCGCCGGUCGCUCUUCGGCGACGACGACGCCGCCGUCAAGGACAAGGUGCGCAAGACGCUCGACGCGGGCUUCGCGCCCAUGGUCUGCAUCGGCGAGACGCGCGAGGAGUACGAGCUCGGCAUCACCGACGACGUCUGCGCCGUGCAACUGUGCAAGGCGCUCACGGGCGUCACCGCCGCGGAGCUCGAGCGCGUCGUCGUCGCCUACGAGCCCGUCUGGGCCAUCGGCACGGGGCUGACGUGCCCGCCCAAGGUCGCGCAAAAAGUCCACGAGCGCAUCCGCGGCCGCCUCGCGACGAUGUACUCGCGGGAAGCCGCCGACGGCUGCCGCGUGUUGUACGGGGGCUCGGUGACGCCCGCGACCAUCGACGCGCUCAUGGCCAUGGCCGACGUCGACGGCGCUUUGGUGGGCGGCGCGUCGCUCGACGCGGCCGCGUUCGCGAAGAUCGCCGGCUUCACGGAGCGCACGGGCUGGUGGCGCACGAAGCGCCUCCUCAAGAAGCUCCGCCGCUAG